GUCUCGAGUUGGCCGCAGUUGGCGAGAAUGUCGCGGUGCCUGACGGUGCAUAGGCACAUGGAGGUGGCGGCAAUCCAUGCAAAGAAGGCUCGAACGGCUCUUGAGAGUGUAGGUGAUGUCGACCACCACGUGAGUAUAGUACCAUCCAGCGCUCCGGUGACCGCAGGGUCUCCCGACUCGACCGACGCGCCAAUCACGCUCAAAUUGUUUCAAACCGAGAGCAGUGACACCCUUCCAUGCGUCCACACACUCAUUCAAGCGCAUUACCGCUCCAUGCGAAGCCUGCGCCAAGUUCUUGUACCUCCGCCGCCGGCAUUGCCGCUUCAGUUUGAAGGGCUAUCGUCCAAACAAAUUGAGCAACUCACCGGACCGAUCCGGGACGUGUGCGAGACUCUUACGACCCGCGACUUUUCCAUGGUUCCUCCCACCGCUGCCAAUGUCCACCUAAUGGGACCCGACGUGUUUUACGUGAGCUUGUACCAUGGUGAGACCAUGAUGAUGGGCAUCUUCUUCAUGCCUCCCAAUUCUGUCAUUCCGUUGCACGACCAUCCGUACAUGUCGGUCGUCUCCCGCGUGUACGUUCCGCGAAGUUUCUCGCCCUCGAUUGUACUCACGUCGUCAUCAGCACGGACGACGAAGGGUGUGUGGAUCGAUCGACCUUCGCGACGUUUCACCAUCAUCUCCCACAGGCAACAUGCGCUCUUGGUUCGCCGAUCUCGCGACAAAUAUCUUGAAGGUGCAUUUCCCCAAUGCCCUGGACUCACGUGAAAACAUGUUGGCUGACGAUCGAGGGCGAUAUCCCGUUAGCUCCAUGCACGAUGGAACUGAGUCCGUCGCAUCACAACAUCCAUGAGCUCAUGGCGGCAGGGGACAUUGGGUGCGCCAUUUUCGACGUCAUGAUUCCUCCCUACGACGACGACCACCGCCACGGUCACGACUACCGCCUCGUUGGGUCGCACACACCGACCGCUGGUGACGAGCUGUUUGUGCUGCGACGAAUAUUUAAAUCCCUGUCAAAUUAAUUGUAGUAUGACCCUCGUUCUAGUAUUACUAAACUUGCGCUUCAUCCAGUACCGCCGUUGACGGCACGACCUUUCAAAAUAUAAUCUUUUACUU